UCCUCCUCGCCCCCGCCCUCCAAAUAAUAGCAGCAGCAACAACAAGUGGAUGCGGUGUGCGCUGGACUGCGGGGCGCUCGGCUGCAGUGUAAACGGGCGUGCGAGGGGAAUUGCCACCAACAGGGCGCCUCCUGCUAUCACUCGCCAGUGCUCGGCUCGCACAGGGAUUAUUCCCCGUUGAUUUCACCCUCCCGCCAGCGCCCGCUUUGGAGAGACAAGUGAUCACACACACAAGCGUGUCCUCCCGCGCGCGCGCACACACACUCUCACACACACACACUCUCACGCACACACACACACACACACGAAUCCUCUUUUUUGUUUCCUCCUGGAGCAAGAUUCUUGAUUGUUGCUGUUUUGCUAAGCUCUGGGCUAAGAAGUGACCGUCGCUGACCAGAUUUCUCCAGAGCUGGGCUCCCCAUCUGGCUCCCCCUGGGAGAUCUGCUUGUGUACAAAGGGAACCGAGACAAAUAAGUCAUCCACCUGUAGUUUUGGCUGCCCCUACACCUGCAACCCUAGGCUGCUUAGUUAGCACCGUCCCCUUCUCAGGAGCUCUUUCUCCACAUCCUUGGACGAGCCAGAAGAGCGUUGCUAUUUCUCUGCCUAGGAACAGUUAAGUGCUUCUUCUGCAUGAGCAUAACCAAAGGGUGAUCCACUCUCUUGUCCCCUAUGGAGUCCUCCAAGCCAGUGUUGCAGCCUUCUCCUCCUCCUCUUGCCACUGCAGCUACUGCCCUGGCUGCUGCUCCGAGGUUUGAGACUCUGUUGACAGGCUGAAGAAAGAGGGCUUGCAAAGACCUCCUCACUGUGUAAACAAAAUGAUGGCUGGAAGUUACUUCAACUCCCUCAAUAUCAUUAUUAAACAGUAAUCAUAUUGCUAGACCAAAGCAUUACUUGGAGAAAAUGAUGAGAAAAGAGACUAUUUGCAUUUGGUUACAGUGAUAAACUAAAGACCUGAAACUUUUCUUUGUCAAGAAAACAACAGGACAGUUACCUCGUUUUGUAUGAACACUUGGCUCUUUAUUGGGUGCAGUCCUUGGAGCUACAACAAAAUCACACAUUUGAAAAGAUGUGUGGAUUCUGUAUUGGCCACUGAAGUAUCAUAAAAAUAAAGAGGCUUGCCUGAUGAAAGGAUGAGGCCUUGACUCUUUCUGAAAUCAAAACUGAAGGCUGCAUCUUUUCCUUUAUUUUUUUUUGUGAACAAAACACGGUUAUAUUUGUCAGACAUCCUGAAUGAUAAGAAAAUGCAGAUUUUGUGGUGGUUACAAUUUCACAAAACACAAAUUCAGUUUUACUAAUACCAUCAUGUACUGUGCUUCCAAGAAACUGUCCUCCAAAUGCAAAUGGCUUUGAACUUUCCCUCAUAAAAGUCAAGGUGUGACUAUAGAUAUCCCAGACUAUUUUGUAUUAAACAAACAGUUACAAAAUGGAGGUUGCAAUGGUGAGUGCAGAGAGCUCUGGCUGCAACAGCCACAUGCCCUAUGGAUAUGCUGUCCAGGCUCGGGCUCGGGAGAGAGAAAGACUGGCACACUCGAGGGCAGCGGCAGCUGCAGCUGUGGCAGCAGCAACAGCAGCAGUAGAAGGCGGCGCCUCGGGAGGAGGUGGUCCCUAUCAUCACUACCACCAGAUACAGAGUCGGGGGGCUUCUUCUUCUCACGAUGGCAAUGCACCACAUAGCAGUUUGCCCUGGCAUCAAAGCAGUAGAAGGAGAAAGCGAGGGAGAAAAAGGAGCCACUAUUUGAGUAGCAGGGAGUGUGGGGCCUCCUUCCUCUGUUCUGAGCUGCUGCCUCUAAGUGGCUCUGAAGAGAAGAUACUGAAGGACUUGAGUGAGGAGGAAGAGGAGGAUGAGGAGGAGGAUGAAGAAGAUGAGGAGGAAGGGAAGUUCUACUACAGUGACGAGGAUGAAGUGGAUGAAUGUUCGUAUUUGGACCACCCACCUGAUGAUGGUGGAGGUGACGGCGGCCCUGGGGGCUACAGCACAGUGCGCUACAGCGAGUAUGAGUGCUGCGAACGGGUAGUGAUCAAUGUAUCAGGACUGCGGUUUGAGACUCAGCUGAAGACCUUGGCUCAGUUUCCUGAAACAUUGCUGGGGGAUCCGGCAAAGCGGGGUAGGUACUUUGACCCACUCAGGAAUGAGUACUUCUUCGAUCGGAACCGGCCCAGCUUUGAUGCUAUCCUGUACUACUACCAGUCUGGGGGCCGGCUGAAGAGGCCAGUUAAUGUGCCCUUUGACAUCUUCACCGAGGAAGUGAAAUUCUAUCAACUUGGGGAAGAGGCCAUGCUCAAGUUCAGGGAGGAUGAAGGGUUUGUCAAAGAGGAAGAGGACAAGGCUUUGCCUGACAAUGAGUUCAAGAAGCAGAUCUGGUUGCUAUUUGAGUAUCCUGAGAGUUCCAGUGCAGCCAGAGGCAUUGCCAUUGUCUCUGUCUUGGUCAUCUUGAUCUCCAUCGUCAUCUUCUGUCUAGAGACUUUGCCAGAAUUCAGAGACAACAAGGAGCUUAUACUGUCCCUGGGCUUGGGCAAGGGACUUUUCAAUGAGACUCUGCACCUGGAUAGUGGGGGGCACACCAUUUUCAAUGACCCAUUUUUCAUCGUGGAGACAGUCUGCAUCAUCUGGUUCUCCUUUGAGUUUACAGUGCGAUGGUUUGCCUGCCCCAGCAAAGCAGUCUUCAUCAAGAACAUCAUGAACAUCAUAGAUAUUGUCUCUAUCUUGCCUUACUUCAUCACCCUGGGCACGGAGCUGGCCCAGCAGCAGGGCAGUAAUGGUCAACAGGCCAUGUCUUUUGCUAUCCUGAGGAUCAUCCGUCUGGUCAGGGUGUUCCGCAUCUUCAAGCUCUCCAGACACUCUAAGGGUUUGCAGAUCCUAGGUCAUACACUCAGAGCCAGCAUGAGAGAGCUGGGGCUUCUCAUUUUCUUUCUCUUUAUUGGAGUCAUUUUGUUUUCCAGUGCUGUUUACUUUGCAGAAGCAGAUGAACCUUCCACUCAUUUUCAAAGCAUCCCAGAUGCCUUUUGGUGGGCUGUGGUGACCAUGACUACAGUUGGUUAUGGGGACAUGAAACCCAUAACUGUGGGUGGGAAAAUAGUCGGGUCCCUGUGUGCCAUCGCAGGGGUAUUAACCAUUGCUUUACCAGUGCCAGUGAUUGUCUCCAAUUUUAACUAUUUCUAUCACAGAGAGACUGAGAAUGAAGAACAAACACAGCUGACACAAAAUGCAGUCAGUUGUCCAUACCUCCCAACAAAUUUACUGAAGAAAUUUAGAAGCUCAUCAUCUUCUUCCACAGAGGGUAAAUCAGAGUAUUUGGAAAUGGAAGAAGGAGUUAAAGAGUCUCUUUGCGUAAAGGAAAAAAAAUGUCAGGACACAGGGAAUGACAGUGAGACAGAGAAGAAAAACUGUGUAAAUUCAAAAUCAGUGGAAACUGAUGUGUAAUAUUGAAAGUUUCCAUAUAUAUUUAUGCAUUUAAGAGAGUGCAGUGAUAAAAAUGAAAUAUGCAAACAAAAGCCUGAAGCAUACAAUGGUAUGCUCUUUAUUGGUUAAAUACAAAUAAAAAAAGUAUUGCUAAACUUGUAUUACAUAUCAAGUAAAUUAUAUACCUUGUGGAAGAGGUGGUUUGAGCUGAUGUAAUUUCAUACUUUAUAUUUUUAUUAGAAUGCAAGUGUUUUGCACAUGAGGGGAAGAAACCAUUAAAACCAAGACAGUUUUAAAUUUGCUGUGUGAACUGUUGACAUCACUAAUAAGACUUCAGCGGUAAAAGUUGGCAUUCAGAGGUAUUUACUAUGUAAGAAACAAUGAAGUUCAGUAGUCAUUAUCUAUUUAUCAAUGCUUUAAUAGCUGUUGCCAUGGGAUUUCAUAGUUAUCUUCAAAACAGUAAAAAUUAUUGUAAAAACCAAAAUUAUUCUACAGAACAUAGGUCUAAAUUUUAUCUUGAAAUAUCAAAUGCUUGUUUUUAAUUGGAAACUAACUUUGAAAAGGCUGCUGCACGUCCAGAAAUUGUUUAUUUUUAUAACUCUGUUUGGAGGCAUUGCAGCAUUUGUUGUCUAAUCCAUGGAAGAAAUGAAGUAAGAGAAUAAUUUAACUUGGUCCAAACGCAGUGACUGGAAUGAUUUUUGCACUACUUUAUAUGCUGGAGAUAUAUUGAAAGAGACUUCAUACUGUGAAUGUUUACUAAUGUAGUAGUUCAAUGACAAUCAUUGGAAGAAUGAAUUCUGCAUCUCAUUUUACUGUUUUUUUCUUUGUGUGAUGCUGAUGGCUGAGUAGCUAAUGUUUAUUCCAUAUUCUUUUAAUUAUGAAUAUCUGCAAUCUGGAAAAUGACAAUGAAGUAAAAUUUUAUAUAUUUUUUUGGUUUUUCUUAAAUCAGUCUCCUCUACAGAGGCCCUCAAAAAUAACAAUGUAUGUUAUAUUUUCUUUACUGAUUACUUCAGCAUUCAGAACCCAUGAUAAAUAUGUGCACUUUGUCAGUAUUGAUGUAAUUCUGAGUAAUUGAAGAAACUGUAGCUGUAAUAAGACAUUUAACUGCUGCAGUGACGAGGACUAAGAAUUGCUAACUUUUAAAUGUGCUAUUAUUGGAGCUGUGUUUUUUUCCUUAAUUACAGCUUUCACCCAUGUGCAUUUGAAAUAACCUUUAAGAUUCAUAAUAGGCAUUCUGGGAUUUAGAAUAAACACUUCAGGACAAAGCCUGUCCUCAAGACAGUAUGUCUUGAUCCGUUCUUACUUAUAUUUAAGCCAGUCUUACCUUCCUUAUGUAUCCCAAGUUCCCAUUAACCUCAGUUGGAGAUGUAUGUGUGCAAGGACUGUAGUAUCAGGCCCAUUGAGUAUUUCAGAAUUUGGAAUGAAAUAUGGAAAGGAUAAUUUAACAUACAGUAUGCAUUCAAAAUAGCAACUUUUGGAGUUAGAUUUAUCUGAAAAGGGCAUUAUUAAAGUGAAACAGUUUUGGAGAAGGCAUUGUUGUACCCAGAACCAUCCAAAUUAUUAUCCUUGAACAAUAUUGACACGAGCACUUUGGGAUCUGGAAACAGGCAUUGUGAUAAGAAGAUGGAGUUAAACAACACUAGUAAAUUGGUGUGUUUUGCAAUGGCAAGUAUAAUUGCUUAUUUAAAAAAUACAUUAAUAUUAUGGAUGGUACAGAAAAAAAAUUGCACUCAGCCCUGUUUGAAAGAUCACAGAUAAGCAUUAGAUUCUUAACAUAAAAUCCUGAACAGAUUUCACCUAUUUAGUGAACUGUCAUUAAAUUCAGCUAAAUUUUAUAAUGUAAUACCCAAAUAGUUUUUAUUUGUAGAAAUUCACUAUAAAUAAGUAACAUAUUAUAUUUCAUUUUUUAAUAGGCAGCAGGUUUAAACAAACAAAAGGAAGUUUUUCUUCACUCAGUGCACAGUCAUCCUCUGGAACUCCUUGCCAGAGGAUGUGGUGAAGGGUAGGACUUUAACAGGGUUCAAAAAAGAGCUAGAUAGAUUCAUGGAGGUCCAUCAAUGGCUAUUAGCCAGGAUGGAUAGGAAUGGUGUCCUUAUCUUCUAUUUGUCUGGAAAUGAGUGUCAGGGAAGGGAUCACGUGAGGAUUACUUGUUCUGUUCCCUCCCUCUGGGGCAUCUGGUAUUGGCCACUGUUGGCAGACAGGAUACUGGGCUAGAUGGACCAUUGGUCUGACCCAGUAUAGCCAUUCUUAUUUUCUUAUUCUCAAUAUUCUGUGUAAACAAAUUUUAAAAAGCCAAUAAACAGGGAAUGUUAAGGAUGAGCAUUAUUAUUUAUGCCAUAACAAUUAACCAAAAGAAAGUGCUCCCCUAACAAGUGUCAAUAAAAACUUUAAGAACAAUAAUGGGCAACCUAAGUUAAUGAGUGGGCUCCAUCAUAUCAGUGGGCCGCAAAAUCUGCUCUUAUGUACCUAGAACUUGCAGGCUGUGCCAUUUGACUCUCACAGUCAAUGUGGCAUGCGAUCAGCAUGCUCCUCACUUCAGAUGCCCUUAUUUUAUGUGCAUGUCCCUUUAUAAAAUACCAGUACAAAAAAACCCAACCCUAUGUGGACAGAAACCAGUGGAAUCUGGCAUCCCUGCAUAUAAGCAGUUGCCCACCACUGAUUAAGAACAUAUGGAUUCCUUUGUAUAAUGGAUUUAUAGCAGUACUAUAUAAGCCAGGUCCCAGGUGAUCUUAUGUGAAAAGGUAGUGAAAAAAGGGAAUAUAAUAUAAAGGCAAAUUAGUGGAAAAUAAGGAGGGCAGGUUUGCAUGAUGAUUUGCUGAUAGGGAAAGUUGGGAAUUUAGGCUGGAUAAGAGACAAUGCAAUUUUGAAUCUUGAGACUGGGAGUAUUAUAGAAAUAAGCAAUACAGCUCUUUGUUUCAUAGGGAAACAUAUCUGUUUCAUUACUCUUGGGACUUGCAGUAGUAAACAGAAGAACAUUAUGAUGUCAGACAGAACUGCUGUCCCCUGAAGAUGUAAGUGAGCCUGUGCACAGGUAACUGUCAGGUCAGGCAGAGAUUGUCAAUAGAAAUGGGAAUAUUACAGCUCAAUAUUAGGUUGUGCUAUGAGCUUGGCUGACCAUUCUGAAACAUAAAAAGGACUCUCUGUUUCUAGAAAGGAAACACAUAUUUUUAUGUGGACCUUUGGAUUUGAUCAGUCAAGUGCUCAUCAGUUUAACUAAUUAUGACACAGUCUGAAAUGGCCAGAACCCUGUCAUACAGUCAGUCCCUGAAAAGACCUAAAAUCUGAAGGCUAUAAUCCUUGCCAUGAAAUGGCAAGUCUCAAUAAAACACAAUUUAGGCUGAAACUUUGUGCAAAAGAAACUCCCUAGUUAGGCACCUACUGUUCGCAUUUAUUACUACUGCUGGCGCUGUUAAAGCUUUCUUAAUGUUAUUUGAUGCUAACAUCUGACAGAAUAAAAUGUUAUCAUCAUUUGGACAUUCUCAGAUUCUCAAUUUAUAGAAGUGAAAUGCAUCCCUGGUGUAAGCGCGCUAAAGUCAAUGAAGUAGUACCAGGGAUACAUUUGGCCCCAGUAAUGUAGUUCCAACCAUGCCACAACUAACAUAUGCUCCAGCUACAAAUAACACAAAAUGAAAUAUUUUGAGAUUUUGGGCCUGCUUCUCUUGCAGUGGUGUAAUAUCUAGAGCAAUUCCAGUAGAAGUCUUUGAGUUAUGCCAAUGUAAAGUGAGACUUCAAAUGGAGUUUGUUACUUAAGUUUCUAAAUUGCUUCUCAUGUUCAGGAAUAAAUAUAUCAAUUUAUAGUAAUACUUGGUGCCAAGACAAGAAAGCAGGUUCUGAAGGAGCGUGCUUUACUAAAGGUAGAGCUGAUUUAGUGCACAACUGCAAAAACUUAAAUUUUUUCCUUGGUUACAAUCAUGCGGUUUCUUGAAAUCACAUUGAUUCAUGGAAACAUCAGUCUAAAAGGCCCCCAAACUGGUAUGAAAUUAAUUAUUGUGUUUCUCAAUUAAGAGCAAAAUGUCUAGGUUUUUCAUUGUUUAACAAAAACUUCUCAGAAUGGUUUUAAUGUAAAAACCCAUUGCAGGUGGAGGAAAGCACAGUUCUUUGUUUUGAUUUGAAGAAAAUCUCCUAUUACCUUUUCCUUUGUUGAAGAGAAUCCAUUUAAUUAGUUUCCAUGUCAUGCAAAGUCAUUUUAGGCCAGGGCAUGGAAAAAUUGUUCAAUAUGUGUUAGUCACAACAACCUUGUUCUUGGUAUCUGGGGGUGUAUGUGUUAAAUAUGAAUUCUGGAUUGUUCUUUGUCAUAGAAAACAUAAUUGGUUGGCCAGAAAAACCUACUGAUUUCUUAGAAGACAAUUGGUAUUAAUUAGAACUAAAUUACAGAACAGAACACUGAAAGCCAAGACUGGUAGCUGUAAACAAACUUUAAGGGACCGCAGGAAAUUUGGCUAUACUCAUGAUAAGUGGACAUCUGGCUAAGUAAAAUUAUCCCAGACAAUGGAUGUUACCAAAGUAGAGAGUACCAGACUAGAGAGGUUAAACUUGUAUUAGAAUAAGCCUUGUGGAUAUUUGUUGAUAGUCCUCAAAUUAAAUAUGAACUUUACUUGACUUUUUUAGCUUCCAGCAAUGCAUUCCUUCAGUACCCAUUUCUGACUGGUCCAGUGUUUGUUCUGUUUUCACUGUAUCCUAUUAGAAAUACUGGUCUAAAUUACUACAGUUAAUUGGUAUGAAAAAGUGAUAUGUCAAAACAUAGCUUACCAUUUUAAAAUUGACAUAAUAUCCUGUAUAGAUGCUAUAAUUUUUGUUAUAACAGGGGUGCCCAGAAUCCCAGUUCAUAAUAUUUGUAGACAUGGCUCAGGGUAUGCAUUUUAUUGCUGAUGUAUUUGAAUGACCAAAUAUUUUUGGCUUUGCAGUGAAUGGGGUCUUGUGUAACUGUUUAUCAUAUUUGUGCAUUUUGUUUGAAACAAGUGAAUGGGGAGAAAUUAGUUAUUUUUAAUCAUGGACUGAGACUGAAAUGAAUAUUCCUUCAUUUUUACAAAGAUUAUUUGAGGUGAAUAUAACUCUUGACAACCUAAUUCCUGCUUAAACAUUUAAAGAUAUUGUACCUGGGAACCAGGUAUAAAAAUUAAACUUUAUAUAUUACUACCAUGCUUUCUAUGUAUUCAGAACUCUGAUUACAUAUUAGUUCAUAAAGACAAGUCAUUAAAUCAUUUUGUACUGAGAAGUGUUUGUGAAGUAAUUUUUGUUUUAAACUUUUUUUCUGGAAAAUUAUAAUUUGCCUUGAGGACUUUUUUUGCAACAGGUCCUUUACAAAAAACAAACAACUAAACAAAUAAAAACAAAAGAAGAACAGAAAAGAAGAGAGAUCUUAAGUUAUGCUUCAAAAUCUGAUAAAAGAUUCUGAUUGGUGGAAAGUAGGUAAGUAAAUAUUUUGUUUAAUUAUUCCUUCAAUUGUGCAUGACCAGCUUUGCCACUAAAUUCAAAUUAGGAGUCAGAUUGUUAAAAGUUCGCAAAUGUAAGUAUAGGCUAUCCUCACUGAAGUCCAAGAUAUGUUUAAAAAAAUUGGACCGAUAGCGAAAUAACUUAAAACGGAGAUAUUUUUCCCUGCAGAUGACUUCUAUUUAUGCAAAUUGGGCAUUUUUUGUGCGGCUUAAGAGUGGGGAAUGGGAGGAGAUAGGUGGGAUCAGCUCCUACAAGUGUCAACAACGUUAGUAUGGAAUGGAUGCGUACCGGGGUGACUUAUAGUGGAGAUAUAGUCCUGUAUUUUAUAAAUUAUAUCUAAUUGAGGUUCUUAUAUAUCCCCCCCUUAUUGUAGUAUCUGAGCACCUUACAAUCUUUAAUAUUGGUAUUCUCAUAACAUGCUUGUGAAUUAGGGCAUACUGUUAUCCCCAUUUGUGCAUUGAGACUUAAGGCAUAAGGAGACUGAGAUGGGGCCCAAGGGCAUGCAGAAAGUCUCUGAUGCAAGGAUUUAAACCUAGAUCUCAAAAUCUGACACUAGCACACCGAAUAAUGGAUCAUGCUUUCAAAAGUAUUUUCCUGAAACAAAAGUCAGAUAUUUUUCACUGCAGAGAUGGUGGAGGGAUGGGGAGGGUGGAAUGGGAAGCAGGGGAGAGAACAAGAUGGAUACAUCUCUUCUUUAUUUCUCCUUUAUGUGCUGCUGGGGUUUUUAUGUUUAGUUUUUGGGGUAUGGGGUAUUUGAUUAUGUAAGUUAUAUGAAAAAGAGCUUUGACAUAUGAAGAGAUAGGUGGGUUUGUUAUCAUCUUCUGCAUCAAAAUAAAUCUAAGAAAUAUAAAGUUUAGGCUCAGUCUUGAAACAUUCAACUAGAGAAGAUUUCUUUCAAAUUGAUGAUGGAACUUGCAUGAUUGGAUUCCCCAAAUGAUCACGUCAUGGCCAUAAGAAAUAUUUACUGAUGAUGGAAAUAGAACCAAUAUUAUACAAUGGCAUUAUAGACAAUAGGCUAUUUUUCAGCCUAAUCCUACUCCCCCGGAAGUUGAUGUUAAAACUGUUGGCUUCAGUGAGUAUUACACUUGGCCUUUAUCAACUAUUGAAAAUACUAUUAUUACAUAGUUUGAGAACACCGUUCAUAUUUGUACUAUAUAUUGUCAUUUAUAACAUGACCUGAUCUUGUUCCCAUUAAAGUCAAUGGGGAUUUUGCCUUUAAUAUAGGAGCAGAGCUGAGACCAGGAUAUCUGUUCUGAGGUUUGUUACUUGUACUGUAUGAACAGUGUUUCAUUUCCCUCCUUUAUUGAUUUCAUAUUGAUACAGCUUUAUAAUGAAUUCAGGGAGUUAGUGGGCGUUUCCUCUUGCACAGAGGAGUCCAAGUAUAGAAAUCAGCAAAAGACCAACGAUAUAAACUGCAGGUACUUUUUAUUUUCUUGACUAAACAGAAUGAUGCACAACAUUUCACUGUAAUGCAAGUAUAUGAAAAGGGCUUUACAUAUCAGAUCAGCUGAAACGAGCAGUACCUCUUUAAAGGGCUCAUUAAAUGGGCAUCUUGCAAGGUGCUGAGUGCCCUCUCCUGGCACAGACUUCAAAAGGAUUGUAGGAUGCUGAGAAUUUUCUGAGAGGGGCUCAAGCACCACAAAGAAUUUGAACCUGUUUAGCAGUCAUUUUGGCAAGGCAGUAUUACAAGGCAGAAAUGUUGCAUAUUUUAUAGUCUGAGGUUGAAGGAAGCUAAAGAGUAUUAGCCUUUCUGUUAAAGACUUCUUGCAUUUCUGAAAAGCGAGCUGCAGAUAGACAUAGUGAGAAAAGAAUAUGAUAUAACUGAGCUUCAUCUGGGAGCGUUUUGAAAAUACUUUUGUUUGCAUAUUUAAAGAGCAUUGUUAUAUUUCACUGUGUGCUGAAUGGGAAGCUUUAGAUAAAUGUUAUCCUGGCAUGUAUCUUCCUCGUUUCCAAUAGUACAGUUCAGAUAUUAUAUAGCAAUUUAUACUUAAGUAUUUACUUGUGUAUCCAUUUAUUUCCAUUAGUUAUUCAUAGGCACUAUGGUGAUCCAGGAUAUAUGCACCAUAAGGCUAAAGAUAAAAAGCCGUAACAACUGCAGUAGUAGAGAGGCAGGUCGAGAUUUAAAUCUUCUAUGAAAAUCUUCUAAACCAAACUCUUGGGCUUUGCUUUUUAAUUCAUGAGCAUCUGUUAUAAUAAAUGAUAUUUUUAUACAGUAUGUCUGAAGGCAAGAAGUGUAUUUUAUGGCUAAUGUUAUUUUAUUAUUCAUAGUCUGACAGAGGAUUAGCAUUUUUCAUAGCUUCCAAGUGGAAUAUAGUAUGAAGUAAACAAAGUAAACAGAACGAACACGGUGGAACCUGUAUAUCUCUUUAUAUUUUAUAUCUGUUGCUCUGUGACAUGAAUGAACUGUUUUGCCUGCAGAAACAAGAAUGGAAGAAACUUUUCAAAAACUGACUAAUGAUAUUUUCAUUUUGGGGGGCCCAAACUGAGAGAACUUGAAGGGGCCUGAUUUUCAAUAAGUGCUGAGCACCUUCCUUUUAAGGUUUUUGAAC